GUCCAUUCGCUCCUUCCUCAGGUCCGCCCUGGCCGAGGCGCGGCUGCGGGAGCGGGGGCCCGAGACGUGGCUCCGGGCGGAAGACCAUGUUGGACUUCGCGAUCUUCGCCGUUACCUUCUUGCUGGCGCUGGUGGCAGCGGUGCUCUACCUCUACCCGGCUUCCAGACAAGCUGCAGGAAUUCCAGGGAUUACUCCAACUGAUGAAAAAGAUGGUAAUCUCCCAGAUAUUGUGAACAGUGGAAGUUUGCAUGAGUUCCUGGUGAAUUUGCAUGAGAGAUACGGGCCUGUGGUCUCCUUCUGGUUUGGCAGGCGUCCUGUGGUUAGUCUGGGCACUGUGGAUGUGCUGAAGCAGCAUAUCAACCCCAAUAAGACAUUGGACCCUUUUGAAACCAUGCUAAAGUCAUUGUUAAGGUAUCAAUCUAGUGGUGGGAAUGUGAGUGAAAACUACACAAGGAAAAAAUUGUAUGAAAAUGGUGUGACUGAUUCUCUGCAGAGUAAUUUUGCUCUCCUGCUGAAGCUUUCAGAAGAAUUAUUAAAUAAAUGGCUCUCCUACCCAGAGUCCCAGCACAUACCCCUUUGCCAGCAUAUGCUUGGCUUUGCUAUGAAGUCUGCUACACAGAUGGUAAUGGGUAGUACAUUUGAAGAUGACCAGGAAGUCAUUCGCUUCCAGAAGAAUCAUGGCACAGUUUGGUCUGAGAUCGGAAAAGGCUUUCUAGAUGGAUCACUUGAUAAAAGUACAACUCGGAAAAAACAAUAUGAAGAUGCCCUUAUGCAACUGGAAUCUAUUUUGAAGAAAAUCAUAAAAGAACGAAAAGGAAAGAACGUUAGUCAAUGUAUUUUCAUUGACUCCUUAAUACAGGGAAACCUUAAUGACCAACAGAUCCUAGAAGACAGUAUGAUAUUUUCUCUGGCAAGUUGCAUAAUAACUGCAAAAUUGUGCACCUGGGCAAUCUGUUUUUUAACCACCUCUGAAGAAGUGCAGAAAAAACUAUAUGAAGAGAUAGACCAAGUUUUUGGGAAGGGUCCGAUUACUCCAGAGAAAAUUGAGCAGCUCAGAUAUUGUCGACAAGUGCUUUGUGAGACUGUUCGGACUGCCAAAUUGACCCCAGUUUCGGCCCGGCUUCAAGAUAUUGAAGGAAAGAUCGACAAAUUCAUUAUUCCUAGAGAGACCCUUGUUCUUUAUGCCCUUGGUGUGGUACUUCAAGACCCCAGUACUUGGCCAUCACCAUACAAGUUUGAUCCAGACCGGUUUAAUGAUGAAUCAGUAAUGAAAACUUUCUCCUUGCUUGGAUUCUCAGGCACACAGGAAUGCCCAGAGUUAAGGUUUGCAUACAUGGUGACCACAGUACUGCUGAGUGUGUUGGUGAGGAGACUGCGCCUGCUGCCUGUGGAGGGUCAAGUUAUUGAAACCAAGUAUGAACUGGUAACAUCCUCCAAGGAAGAAGCUUGGAUCACUGUCUCACAGAGAUAGUAAACAUUUUACAUUACCCUUUGGUGAAGAAAAUGCCCUUUUAGGAAAUUUAUAUGGGAUUCUUUUACAAACCAAGUAACAUUGUGGAAAAUAAUACAGAUUUUUUUUUUUAAUGCAUUUUGAAGUUUCCCUUGUAAGUGACAAACUAAAAUUGAGACUUGUUUGUC